AUGGAGGACCCCAGCCACGUGUCAUUCCCAGUUGUAGCUGCCCCUGCUCCUGAGAAGCAGUGGGACAAUGGGACCUGGCUGGUGACAGAGUUCGUGCUGGUGGGAUUCUCCAACCUCCCAGAACUGAGGCCCACUCUCUUCACCUUGUUCCUCCUCACCUACCUGGUGACACUCAGUGGCAACGCCACCAUCAUCACCAUCAUCCAGGUGGAUCGCACCCUCCACACUCCCAUGUACCGCUUCCUGGCUGUGCUCUCCCUCUCUGAGACCUGCUACACACUGGUCACCAUCCCCAAUAUGCUGGCCCAUCUGCUGAUGGAGAGCCAGGCCAUCUCCAUCGCGGGCUGUCGGGCCCAGAUGUUCUUUUUUCUGGGCUUGGGAUGCAGUCACUGCUUCCUCCUUACACUAAUGGGUUACGACAGGUAUGUGGCCAUCUGCCAUCCCUUGCGCUACUCUGUGAUCAUGAGACCCACCGUUUGCCUGUGUCUGGGAGCCUUGGUUUUCUGCUCUGGUUUCUCGGUGGCCUUGGUGGAAACCUGCAUGAUCUUCUCCUCGCCCUUCUGCGGCACAGGCCGCGUGGAGCACUUCUUCUGUGACAUCGCGCCCGUGCUGAAGCUCAGCUGUGCAGACAGCGCGCACAAGGGGCUUGGCAUCUUCUUCCUGAGCGUCCUCGUGGUGCUGUUCUCUUUCCUCCUCAUCCUGCUCUCCUACGCCUUCAUCGUGGCUGCCAUCGUGAGGAUCCCUUCGGCCGCAGGCCGGCGCAAAGCCUUCUCCACCUGUGCGGCCCACCUCACAGUGGUCAUCGUGCAUUUUGGCUGUGCCUCCAUCAUCUACCUGCGGCCAGACUCCGGGGCCAACCCCUCCCAGGACCGCCUGGUGGCGGUGUUCUACACGGUGGUGACGCCCUUGCUGAACCCUGUGGUCUACACCCUGAGGAACAAGGAGGUGAGGGUGGCCCUGAGGAAGAGCCUGGCGCGGGGCUGCGGGCUCUGCCUGCUUUAA